CGUCACGGCAGCCAAUCUCACCUUCGGAUAUUUUUGUAACAACUUAUAGACAAGUCUAAAACUCCAUUUUUUUCCUGUGAACUCUGUUUUUUCACAAACAAUAGGAAUGGGGAGGUUUUCCCCAAAAUGAAAAAGUAUAAAGCAGAGGUCUCGGGCUUUCAAAACCAAAUUCGACAUAGUGAAAGAACACAGAACGACAAGCACCGAGCACCUACCAACAAUGAAUAUCCAAGGCCUAUUUUUUCUGCUAUCAACCCUUGCUAUUUCCUGCAUGACAAUCACAGAAGCCAGAUGUGGGUCCCAUCGUAUCUCCCCCAAAAAGACCCUGAAACACCUUCGAAAGAACUACAUUUUUGUCGAGGACCCGUCAGCGGCGAUGAACCGCAGGCUCAAACGUGAUAUCAUAGCCAAUUCUGAAAGUCCUCGUAUGUCUGGCGUUGUCGGAGACUCUAGUUGCCCAUGGAGAUGGACGAAUGACGUAGACAGCUCAAGGAUUCCUCGGGUCAUACAGAAAGCUGAGUGUAGCGACUGUGCGCGCCAUUGCCGUCCCGUCUACUACAAACAUAAGGUUCUAUUCAAGCGAUGCGAUGCUGCUAUCGGCUACCGUGUGCAUAUGUGGAUGGACGCCUCCCUCCCGGUCGCCUUCGUGUUCCGGCACUAAAUCUUUUUAUAUAGGUAGACUUUUCCCUGUUUCUGACUUGUGUGGAAAUUGUUAAAGUCCAUUUGUCCGAUUUGCGUGACAUUGCUUUUGUUUUGAAAACUCUCUGAAUCAUUUUUGAAAAUACGCCUUUCCUUGAUUUUUUUAAUCCUUUUGGCAAAGGAUCAAGCUUUUUUAGGUUAAAUAAGGAUGGAUUGAAAUUCACAGUGAUUCUAGGGGAUUUAAUUCACUGCUGAGAUGGGCAUUGCAUAGAGUUUCCUAGCCUAAUCAACGAGUGACGCAAGUCGGGGUCGACGGGCUUUAAUGUUGUUAUUCUUGAUUUUGAAACUUUGAAAUUCUGUACUGAAAAGUUUCGAGGGAAAAGCACGCAUCAUUUUUUCUUUCGUUUUUAAGUAUUUAGACUCUCGUUAUUUUGAGAAGAAAAUACCACUAUAACUGUAACAUUUUAUGUUAAGAAAUAAUUGAGCCAUUUUGAAUUUAGGAUGGAUUGAGUUCCAUAGUCAUUUGAGUGGAUUUAGAUAAUUUACAUAUUGUCACGCAAGUCUUGACAUUCGUCACGCAAGUCCUCAUAUUCGUCACGCAAGUCAUGACAUUCGUUACGCAAGUUGGGCUUGAAAGUUAUAUAGAACUGCAGGCAGUUUGUAUUUAAGUAUGACUUUUCCUCCUGGUAAGAAUACGUAAUUACGACAAGCAAAGUUUGAUCUGAGGGUCUGGUUAACCCUUUCGGAUUGAAAACAAAGCCCGUUUUGGUUAGACACAAAAAGAAAAAUAAACGGAUAUAUAUUUAUUUAUCUAUUUAUUCUAGCAUCACAAAGUACUUUAAAAAUUACAUAUUUCAAAAUUUUUUUAGCUUUUUUAAUAAAUUCUUCACUUACUUAUCGACGUAGAUAACACUUGGUGUAAGAGUACUGUUCAUAUAACACUCUGUAUCAUAUUGAUAUAGGUAUCAAUACUACUUAUUGCUAUAGAAUGUUGUCACAAUAAGCAAGCUUUGCUUGAUAUUUAGUAGUAUGCUUAUGUACAUAUUCUUAUGUUUUAUUAUCUUUAUAAACAUCUGUAGACAACGUUUCAUCUGAAGAGCAUAACAAACCGGAUUUGUAUUCAAAUUGUGUUACGCCCUUAUUCGUAUUGGUAGAAACAGGAAAUAUAUUUAAACUAUAAAAGAGAGUAAUACACAAUGAUAUCGGAAUGUAAGAAUGAAGAAAAUAAAUGAUAAUCUAUCAA